AGGUAGGCGCGGCGGUCAUCUUGCCAAGAAGAUGGCGGCGUCAUCGAUGUCAUCGUUGACGUCCUCAUAUCACACGACGGCAAUGCCGUCCUCGAACUCUGUGGUCCCGCCGUUUGAUGCUCGAAAUUUGGAAAUUAAGACAAAAUCCAUAGAGCAGACACUUAUCCCGCUAGUUACUCAGAUCACCACACUCGUCAACUAUAAAGAAAGUUACAUGGCAAGUGGGAAGCCGAAAUCUGAACGAGCAAUGAGAGCAGCGUUGAAGAUCGGAAGCGCCGUUGAGGCAGCAAUCGAACGGUUUGUGUGUGUUGGAGAGACGAUAGCCGACGAGAACGCGGAUAUUCAGCCGGAAAUGUAUGAUGCGUGUACUGAAGCUCGGCUAGCUGGUGCUUCAAUGGCCAACCUAUCAUGUGCAUGUAACGAUGAUCCCAACUCGGUGGUGGAUAAAGCUGUGCUCGUCCGAGCCAGCAGGCAGCUCUUGAGCAGUGUCACCAGAGUCCUGCUACUCGCGGAUCGGGUGCUUGUCAAGCAGGUUUUGAGGGCCGAGGAUAAGAUAGCCUUCUCCCUAUCCCGACUAGAAUCCACUCGAUCCUUCAACGAUUUCGUCAAGGUUUUUGCAGUUUUCGGCGGGGAAAUGGUCGAGUUAGCCCAUCGAAGUGGAGAUCGACAGCAUGAUUUAAAAAGUGAAAAACGAAAAGCCCAGAUGUCAAUUGCAAGAACUUCUCUGGAAAGGUUAACGAUGCUUCUACUAACCGCAUCGAAGACCUAUCUGCGGCAUCCCGAUUGUGAUUCUGCACUUCAGUGUCGAGAUGGAGUGUUUUAUCAGAUGAAGCUAUCACUUGAACUCAUUGCAAUUUGUGUUUGUGAUGGGAUUUUGACAACUGAAAAGAGCAGAUAUAUCCAGGAUGAGCCUGAUAUGCCAAUUGAUAUUGCUUUACAGCUUACUGCAAACGCAGCAAUUAAGCAAUUAACGGAAAUGCUUGAAAUGAUCCGAAUGACGGUACGAGUCGGAGCCGGGGUUCGGGAGCGGAUAGUGUCGGCCCUGGAUGCCCUCUGCCAGCUUACACAGGACUUCACAGACUCGGCCUACACACCUCAUCAUCAACGGGAACAGAUUCUCGAUUUCCUUGAAGAAUGCAGAUUCGAGAUGACAAAUCUGAUACAGCCAGAUGAGAAUGAGCAAUUGGCGGCCAGCGGGCUUGAGGUGACUGUGGAACGGUUGAAUCGGAGGUUGAAGGAUCUGAGCAAGCAACUGCAGAUUGUGGCAAUGGAGCAGAUAUCGGAAGUGCUCAGGGCGAAUGAGGAUCAAGUGCUGUUGUCGUCGAUGAAAGCGUGUGCAGUGUCCGGGGAUAUUGAUGGAGUUGAGAAGUAUAUGCACAAGUUCCGGGAGCACGCGGAUCACAUGCAAGAGGUAUGCCGCCUCCUGCAUCAUAUCUCAAUCACAGACGCCCUACACGUUCACACCGGGCAUGUCGAGCGGAAUAUGAGAGCCCUCGCCCCAUUGACAAUUCUCGCUGGCCGGACGCUUUGUGUGCACCCAUCUUCGAGGAUAGCCAGGGAGAACUUGGAGGUGUUCUGUGACACCUGGGGGCAGGCGGUGAAUGAUCUCUCGCGUGUCGCCAAAGAAUCCGAUGUCGCCGCAAAUGGAAGAGUUGCUGCUGAAAAGCAGGCGUACAUGUCGCUCCCGCGACCAGGGAAGCACGGAACAACACAGAAGCCGUCAAAGCCGAUUACAUUGGAUGUGGAGGACCAACAAAAAAUGGCGAAAGUCGGAUUAGAGAUGAAGCUUCUUACAUCAGAAGUCGACGCGGAAGCCGAAAAAUGGGAUGAGUAUGCCGAGAAUGACAUAGUGAAACGGGCCAAAGCAAUGUCAUCGAUGGCCUAUAAUAUGUACUUAUUUACACGUGGAGAUGGUCCUCUGAAGACGACACACGACCUCUUCACCCAGGCGGAGUUCUUUGCCGAGCAGGCGAAUCAGAUGUAUCGGACAGUUCGAGAGUUCUCAUAUGAAGUUCCGGGCUCUGCGGAAAAAUCCGAUUUGUCAGCGAUUCUUGAGAGGAUCCCACUUCACUGCCAACAGCUACAGGUUAUGGUUAAGAGUCCGACCGUCGGAAAAACUGCGACUUUCGGGAAAGUGGAUUCGGUGAUUCAGGAGACCAAGAAUUUGAUGAACGAAAUCGCGAAGCUGGUCACUGCGUCGUUUGUGUGUGCCACGAAGUAUGAAAUCGAGUUUCGCGGAGGUUCUGUCAAUGGGCGGACGGGUGCCGACGGUGAAAGGACAAGUCGCGAAUCGACUGUUUGGCGCCGGACACCAAGCAUCCGACGAGCCGCGCCGCCGACCUCUUCGCACCUUUCCGCCAACAACUCAUCAAGCAUACACAUUUAGGCCAAAAUGCAGCAUGCUUUGGACUGAAGCCUCAAAAAAUGCGCAUAAGAUAAAAUAGCUCAAAAAAGUGAAUUUGUAGUACAAUUGCGAGCUGACGUCAUCACCGUUCCGCGGCCGCCCACAGGAUCUCUCCCAUUUUGUUUUUCAGAGCCCUAUAUUUUCUUUCAUUUCUUCAGUUUUUUUGCCACGUUUCUUCCUCUCUCUCUCUCUCAUCUUUCCAUGUCAUACCAUUUGCCCAAACCUCGCGAAUAUUCAAAAUGACUUACUUUUUAAAAAUGCUGGUUUUUUAUUGAUUUUAUUGAUUUUUUUCUGUUGACUAUUGUUUACAAGAAAAUAGUU